AUGUGUCUGCCUUCAAGUUGAACCCAAAUAGCACAAAAUAAACACACACAACAAAACCAAGCCAAAGAGUGCUGAGAUGGCCGCCACAUUAUCCUCUGAUUCCGAUGACCUCCGUUCACCGAUGCUUCCGCCAUCAUCGAAGUCGCCAGCAUCGGAAAAGCUGUGCAUCGACGAGAUGCUGCAGAAGUACUGCGGGGAGUUCGGACGGUGGCAGCUGAAGCACUUCAUCCUCACGAGCCUCGCUUGGGCUCUCGAGGCCUUUCACACCAUGGUCAUGAUCUUUGCAGAACGUGAACCUGAUUGGAGGUGCGUCUCUGGCGCCGCCUGUGACGGCGGAGGAAACAUCUGCGACCUCUCGCCAAAGUCAUGGGAAUGGAUCGGCGGCAGCGGCAGCUCCACGGUGUCGGAGUGGAGUUUAAUUUGCGGUGAAAAGUUUAAAGUUGGAUUGGUUCAGGCCGUGUUCUUCGCCGGUUGCAUGAUUGGUGCUGGAAUAUUUGGUCAUCUCUCAGACUCCUCUUUAGGAAGAAAAGGCACCCUCACAGUGGUUUGUGCCCUUAAUGCCAUUUUUGGGUGCUUAACAGCAUUCUCCCCUAACUACUUCAUCUACGUCCUCCUUCGACUCCUCACAGGUUUCAGCACUGGUGGCGUUGGUCUAUGCGCCUUCGUCCUAGCCACCGAGCCAAUAGGCCCCACAAAGCGCGGCGCGGCGGGGAUGUCCACCUUCUACUUCUUCUCAGGUGGCAUUGCUAUUCUCUCGGGAAUCGCUUACAUAUUCCAAACAUGGCGCUAUCUUUACAUAGCUUCCUCCAUCCCCUCCAUCUUCUACAUUAUCCUUGUCCUUCCCUUUUUAUCUGAGUCCCCAAGAUGGUACCUUGUUCGUGGUAGAGUAAGUGAAGCCACGAAACUCAUGUCCACCAUUGCUUCCUCCAACGGGAAGCACCUUCCUGAUGGUGUUUUCCUCGCUCUUGAUGAAGAAGCAUCGGAACCCAGCAACGACGGGUCGGGCUAUGACAUAACCUUGAAGAACCAAAGCUUGGAAAAUAAAGAUGCACACAUUGGGUCUAUAUUAGACGUGAUUCGUUCCCCUGUUACCCGUGUAAGGUUGGUUCUAGCGGUUGUUCUUAACUUCUUGGGAUCCGUAGUUUACUAUGGUCUUAGUUUGAACGUCAUGAACCUCGAAACCAACCUUUACUUUAACGUUAUAUUGAAUUCCGUGGCGGAAAUGCCCGCGUUUACGAUAACGGCGGUGCUUUUGGAUAGAUUUGGAAGGAAACCGUUGACGGUGGCGACGAUGUGGUUUAGUGGGGUGUUUUGUUUGAUGGGGAGCUUAGUGGGUAACGUUGGGGUGUGGAAGGUUGUGAGAAUGGGGUGUGGUGUUUUGGGGAUUUUUGGAAUGGCGGGUACUUAUAAUUUAUUGUUUAUUUAUACGGCGGAGCUCUUUCCUACUGUGGUGAGGAACGCCGCGCUUGGGAGUACAACUCAGGCGGCGCAGAUGGGUGCUAUUUUGGCGCCUUUUGUCGUCGUUUUGGGUGCUUGGAUGCCGUUUGCGGUGUUUGCGGCGUGCGGAAUAGUUGGAGGAGCACUUGCGUUUUAUCUUCCGGAGACGUUGAACCAACCACUUUACGAUACCUUUGGUGGAAUGGAAGCUGGACUCGCUUGAUCUGUUAGUGGCUGCUUGUGGUUAACUGUUACUGACCUUAUUUAUGUUUGAUUUUGAUGGACGCUUAUGCGUGUUUGUGGUUACCGGUUUUUCUUUUUGUUUGGUUUGUUUUUGGUCAAAUUUUUUAGAUUAGAGAAAUGGUACAUAUUUUCUAAGAAUUU